AUGGGCUGCUGUGGGGAUCGCGAAAAGGCCAUCAGUGUGUCCGAGGAGCAAAAGUGGACGCACAUUACCCUCUCCGACUUCAAGUCGACUUCGUGCCUCGCGCCCUUUUCCUAUGCCUGGCUGUGGGUCCUCGUCAUCAUUUCGUGCGCCGUCUACGCCGCCGACGCCUUUACUGCCAUCAACCUUCUCGCCUUUGACAAGUGGACCAGCACCAUCAAGCCCGCCGUGCCCUUUGAAAUCGCAAAGUGGAUCUUCGCCAUCACCAUCAUCAUUUCCUAUGUUUUUCUCGUCUACCGCUACAUCCGCACCCUGCGCGUCAUGCGCACCGGAAGCGUGACCGAGUGCUACCUCGAGCCCAUGGCUGUCAUCUGGCAGAGUAUGCGCAUCACGUCGUCGGGCCAGGGCUGGCGCCGUUUCCUGGUUUUUGCCGAGUUGACAAAGAGUAAAAAGGGCGUCAACUACAUUGCGCUUUUCGUCUACUUCCAGUUCAAGAGCGCCCUGCUCAUCCUUGUCGCCCAAGGCCCCAGAAUCGCAAUCAACGCCAUGACGCUGUACGCCGUCAUGCAGGCCAAGAUCAUUCCCGGAGGCGACCAUGCUGCCAAAGACCGUUCCGACAUUGAGCAGUUCUUCGUCAAUAUCAAGACCAUGAUUGACACGGGUAACAGGCAGGAAACAGUCGUCUACUUUGCCAUGUUGUUCUCCUUGGUUAUCUGGGUCAUUGCUGCCCUGAGUUUGAUUAUUGCCGUCAUCCUCUACAUCUUCUUCCUGUGGCACUACAUUCCCAAGGCCGACGGCAGUCUGACCAACUACUGCCGCCGCAAGGUAGAGACGCGUCUGGAGCGCAUUGUCGGUAAGAAGAUCAAGAAGGCGAUUGAGAAGCAGAAUCACCAGUUGAGGAAGGAAGAGGAGAGGGCAAUCAAGAAGGGCGAGUUUGACGCAUCCAAGUCCCGACCUACUCUGCCCAAGCUGCGCGACGACGACGACGCAUCUUCCAUCUUCUCUCUGCAACGCACCGACACGAUGAACACAAACACGACGCUUCCGCCAUAUGCGCCGAGCCCUCUGUCGCAUUCCACCACCGUCAAUUCAAACACUGGUCGAAGCCUCAUGAUGAAGCCGUCUCUGCCGACGCUCAACGAACGUCCCGGCAUGCCGAUGCGAUCCGAAACGCAAUUUUCCGCCUUCUCCAACACCAGCUAUGGUCCCGACGUGCCCAUGCUGAGCCAGGCUGGUAACAUGGGCAUGUCCUCGCCAGUGCCGCCAAUGCCUCUCGAUCGCAACGGUUCCGGAUACUAUGGCGAGAAAGCCAACAUGCCAUAUGCGCCGGAUAGGUCCUUUACUCCCAUGUCUCAAGGCAGAGCGUCGCCAUUGCCCCACCGAGGCCCUAUGCCACGCGUCGAUACCAACUUCAACAACCAUGUUCCCUAUGGCUCCCAGUCUCAUGUGGUUUCUCCUCUCUCGAAUGAUGGACGAGGCACGCCACAGGGCUACCCCAACCGCCCCUACCAGGAAUUCAGUCCCUAUAACAGCCGCGGCCCCGCCAUGGGCCAAGAGUAUGAGCUCUCGCCUGUCGAUGUAAACACUACAGACUUUUCUUCUCACUACCAGGUCGCCCCGAAAAACGUGAAUGACUAUCAGCCACCACAAGUGCCUGAUAUCUUGAGGGUGGGCUCUCCUGCGCCCUCGCAGUCUGUUGGCCAGCCAAGAGCGGGUACUGCACCUCCUCGGGCCGGUGUACCAACAUCUCUGCAGUCUCCUAUGCAGCGUCGAGACAUGUCGCAGCCCCUGCCCAACCGCGACAUGAAUGGUUCAGUUCCGCCUCAGCGCAGCGCUACUGCACCAAUUCAGCAGCCAGGUUGGGCACGAGGCCCUCCUUCUCGCAGCUACACUCCCUCUGGACCCGGCCCACAGCGCAGCAACACUCCUGGACAGCGUGACUACGACAACGGCUACAACCCUUGAGCACGUUGGAUCAAACCGUUGUUUCCACGUAGCGACCGCUUUGCUUAUACUUUUGAUUCCCAUUUAUGCAUAUCAUGGCGUUUCUCUUCUUUCUGUUGGAUACAGACUCUUUCAUACCACCUACAUUCUCUCUCUCUCUCACCCCCAUAUCAUUUGGGGAAUACGACAAUGAUUUUCUCCCUGCUGAUUGCAGCCGCGAGUAUUCAUAACCUUCGCUUGUCUUUUUUUUAUUUUCCAAAUGUU